CAUCUACCUCUCCCCAAAUCACCUACAACAGUUUUAAUGAUGGCCUCCAAAUAUCUGCCAAGCAGGGAAACCACAUACUUUGCCCGACUGUCUAAACUUGUCGUUGAUGUCUUUUGUGAUAUUCUUAGAGAAGUGCUUAAAGCCAAAGUGCCUCCACCAGGACUUACUGCCAUUCUACAAAGUCAAAGAGUUCAGCUUUCAAACAACCUUGAAAAUCGUCAGCGACAUGUACUUUAUCCUGCAGGUGGAGUGUUUGUAGGUACUCUGAAGGAUUUAGACUUCACACUUUUGUAUAGACUGGUAAGACACAUCCAGGGGAUCAAUAUUCCACCACACCAGAAUGGUUGGGGGAAGACACCAGACACAGCAGACAGGUCACUUUCGGCAAAUAUUGACCGGUUGCGAAUCCAGCGAAAUGAAGCUUAUGGGCACCUGCCGACUGCAUCACUUUCGGAUUCAGAUUUCCAUAGUAGGUGGAGUCUCAUUCGUCAGAGCGUGUUGGAAAUAGAAAGGGAUGCGUUGACAGGAGACACAUACGUAACAGCUGUGUAUGGUCUACUGACCGUGAGCAUGGACCCUGAGGCACAGAAAAAAUAUAUAGAGAAACUAGAGAAACAACACAAGGUGGACUUGGAGGUCAGAG